AUGGACAGGUACGCCCUCCCCAACGUGCUCCGCCCGUACUGGAAGUUACGGGAGGACCUCUACUGUGAUGAGGAUCUCGUCCUGUACGGUGCACGAGUGUUGGUGCCUACAGCCCUACGUCGCCGUGUCUUGGCCCGCCUGCACGACAGCCAUCGUGGUGUCGAAGCCACCAAGCGCCGUGCUAGGCAGGCUGUGUUCUGGCCAGGCGUGGAUGCUGACAUUGCCAACACUGUUCGAGCAUGUGAGCCGUGCCAGAUUCUGCAGCCCAGUCAACAGCAAGAACCAAGACUCUGUGAUGACAAUCCAACUCGACCAUUCGAGUCCAUUUCUGCUGAUUACUUCUCAGUUGCAGGGAAGGCUUUCUUAGUCAUUGCAGAUCGUCUGUCCGGCUGGCCUGUCGUCGUGUCCUGUGGCGCUGAUACGACGUCUACUGCCACCAUUCGCCAUUUCCGCCGCCUCUUCAGGGACCUGGGUGUUCCUGCACGCCUGCGCACGGACGGUGGCCCACAGUUCGCCAGCCGGGAGUUUUCUACGUUCCUCGAGCGCUGGGGAGUCCGUCAUGACACAUCGACGCCCCAUUACCCACAGUCUAACGGCCAUGCCGAGUCUGCAGUGAAGGCCGUGAAGCACUUCAUCCAGAAGGUGGCACCGUCUGGCAAUAUAGACUGUGAGGCGUUCGACAGGGGUCUCCUGGAGCUUCGGAACACCCCCAACCAGACGGGUCGCUCUCCAGCUCAAGUCCUGUAUGGUCGUCCUUUACGCUCUUGCGUCCCCGCACAUGCCAGCGCCUUCCAGAAACGGUGGCAGGCCAGGGACGAGAGUUGCGAUCGUCGAGCUGCUGCCCGUCUCCGUGAUGCCACAAGUCGCUUCGACGCUCACGCUCAGCCUCUUCCACCCCUGCAGCGAGGUGACGUGGUUCGGAUCCAGAACCCGACUACGCGGCGGUGGGACAAGGUUGGCACCAUCAUGGGCGUUGGCAGGUCACGGGAUUACCUUCUCAAGAUGCCCAGUGGCCGAGUGUGGUGGAGGAACAGGCGCUUCCUCCGCCCUGCUCCACCCCUAAACGCUUUUUCUACGAUGGAGGACGCCACUGCUCCCUUGGCGGCACCUGAUACGGUGGUGCCCCGCAGGUCGCCACGACUCCAGGAGAAGGCGUCCACAGCUGCAGUCGCUCGAGUCCCUGUGGACUUCUGA